AUGAUUUUUUUCUACAAGAGACUAUUACCUUUCAAGCACAUUUUCCAAUGGUUGAGCCAUUCACCCAAGCCAACAAAAGACUUCACCAUGAGAGAAUUUGCCUAUGAACAUCGUUCUGGAGUUUACCAGAGAUAUAUCUCAUAUGACAAUGCUGAUGAUUUCAAGAACCAUGUAGUCAACUCCAACCCUACACGUUUCGAAGUGGGAGCAGUAUAUUCGGUCAAUCCCAAGGAAAGGAAAUUUCUUCCUAAGCUGGCAUACAAACCUGUUUCCAAAGAAUUGGUUUUUGAUAUCGAUAUGACAGAUUACGAUGAUAUUAGAACUUGUUGCCAGGGAACGGAUAUCUGUACCAAAUGCUGGAGAUUCAUUCAGGUCGCUGCUAAAAUCAUUGACAGAGCAUUGAGAGAGGACUUUGGAUUCGAGCACUUGAUAUGGGUAUUCUCGGGGAGAAGAGGGGCACAUUGUUGGGUGUCUGAUCCAAGAGCCAGGAAUUUGGAAGAAGGUACGAGGAGAGCGAUUGUAGAGUAUAUGGAUGUGUUGGGUGCAAAACAAACCAAAAAAUUGCUAAACUUGAAGAAACCCUUCCAUCCACACGUAGAAAGAUCGUUCAAUAUCGUCAAACAAGAAUUUGCAAAGAUCAUCUUGGAAGAACAAGAACCUUGGUUGACGACUCCUUCGCUAGCAGAUGACGACAAGGCUUGGACUCAGACGGAAGAACUUUUGUCAUUCAUCCCAGACAAUACAUUGCAGUCAGAAUUAAGAGCCAAGUGGAAAAACCUGCUUUCAUUAUCUACGUCCAGAUCUAAGUGGGAAGACAUCAACGUACUUGCAAAGACUUCUUUAAAGUCUCAAGUUCAGGUCAGCCAAUUGAACGAGGCCAAGAAGGAAAUCAUAUUAUACUACAUGUACCCAAGACUAGACAUAGAAGUGUCGCGUCAAGUUAUCCACUUGUUAAAGUCCCCAUUCUGUAUCCAUCCAGGAACUGGUAAUGUCUGUGUUCCCUUUGAUCCUAGACGCAAUAUUUCAAUGAACGCCGAAGAUGAUGCCUACGGAUUCAACCCAACCACUGCUCCAAACUUGUUGCAAUUGCAGCGUGAAUUGGAUAUUUGGGAAACUAAGAGGGUGAAUAGAGAGUCUAGCCAACCAGCUGGCGAAUCCGGAGAUGAAGUAGAAACUAGAGUUCUUGAUUACGAAAAGACAAGUUUAAAGCCAUACGUAGAUUACUUUGCGAAAUUUGUUCUGGAUUUAACCAAAGCUGAACUUAAAGGUAUACUGGCUAAGAGAGAUCUUGAAGAUAAACUGUUGGAAUUCUAG